AGCGGAGGCGCGAAUCUACCCCACACAACUAAACAAUGUAAUUCCCGAAUUGCCCGACGCCGAGAGUCAAUAUUGCGCUAAUGGUUCCCAGUCGGGAUCCCUCGCCAUCGAUAAGAAAUGCCAGCCCGAAUCAUGAAAGCUCUCCUGAUGGAGUCAUUCGAUCCGGAGAAGAUCCAAGGAACUUGGUAUGUUAUUCGCCGAAACCUCGAACUGUUCGAUUCAGUGAAAUGCAUCAAAUUCGAUCUGAAACACGAUUCGAAGAUCGAAGAUCUCUACGCGUUGACCACGCACUGGAUAAACUCAAAAUCCGAUUACCUCGAGACACGCUUCAAUAUCGUUGACGAUCGAGCUCACAGAGCUCGUUUCUUCUUCGAGUCCCAGAGAGAUAAGCUGGCGUCAAUAACAUUGGGAACCGACUACGACAAUUACUUGGUGGGUUUCGGAGUGAACGGCGUCAGAGAAACUUAUUUCGUAGCCUCUCGUACAAAGACUCUCACCCCGGAGCACAACGCAGCAGCGAAUGAGAUUCUCGUCAAGAAUGAAGUCGUUAGAGAUUGGGUGGAUGUCAGUCACGACGGGUGUCCAGCUGAGCAUUGAUCGCAGCACCAGCGCGGGAAUCUCUGCGUCGAAGGAGCCGCCCCUUUGCCCUCGCACAAAGGAAAAUCUUAUAAGUCCCUCGGCCGAGGGACGUCUCUCCGAUGGGCGACAAAAGUUCCUUGACGGAUCGAGUCGGGGGGAAGGGAAUUCGGACCGACUGCUGCCGACCCGUAGGUGUACCCUGAGUGAAAUCGUUCUCAUGUAUGGUGUAAAAAAACCGUACUCCUCGGAUGUUGAG